CCUAAUUCCAGAAGGCUCAACUUCUGAAAUGUUCAGCCACCUGUAGACACACUGACAAAUCCAGUCCUGAGGUCUCCACUUAAACGUGUCCCGCUGUGACUGUGAGGGCCAUCCAGGAGUCGAGUGCGAGCGUGUGAAGUGUGUGUGAAGUGUGUGUGAACAGUCACCCAUUCACUCAGAGGAUAUAUAAGCGGACCGAAGAGAGAAGGCGGCUGAGAACAACGCAAGAAACACACAGACACUCACUCACACAUAAACACAAGCACUUUCAAAGGGGCAAGGAAGUUUGCACUAACUCUUCUACUCAGGACCAAGACUUUUGAGACACACUUGGGACAGCUUCAGUAUUGGAUCACAACUGCUGGUAGGAGUGAUGUCUGUGUCUCUGUGGUGUGAGGAGGAAGAGGGCCAGGACAGGACUCAGUCUUCAGUCCGAGCCCCGUGGGACCCCAGCGCCUCCGGACUGAGAGUUAUUCAGAGACUUCUGCAGUCAGAGGAAAGAUACCUGCCCUCUCCUCUCUACAUCUCUCUCAUCCAGAGAGAACCACAGCGCAGAGAGGAACUGGCCAAGUGGACCAUGGAGGUGUGCUGUGAAUGUGACUGUGAUGAGUCUGUAUUUCCCCUGGCUGUCUCCCUGUUGGAUCGAUAUCUGUCGGCCACUCUAUCCCUGCCUGUCUCUCCAUCCUGUCUAGCUGCAGCUUGCGUUCUGGUGGCCUCAAAACUGACAGAAAGUGACACAGUUAGUGCAGAUACGCUCUGUGCGGCAGCAGAGUACGACUUUCUCUCGUCAAACCUGCGGGAAAUGGAGCGUGUGGUGCUGGCGACUCUGCGGUGGGAUGUGGCAGCAGUGACUCCUCAGGACUUCAUCCCACACUUCCUGCGCACUCUCGGGGAACUCAGGGACGGAGACGCGCAUACAGGAGACUUUCUCGCCACGCUGCGGCGCCACAGCGAUACACUUGUUGCCUUGUGUGUGUGUGACUCGCGCUUUCUGGGAACUCCUCCUUCACUGGUGGCUGCGGCUGCACUGAACUCUGCCCUGAGGGGUUUAAGGGCCAAGAGUGCGGGAGAGCUGAGUGUCAUGACCUCUGCCCUGGCCACGCUCUGUCAGACUGAUGUGGCGGUGCUGCAGUGCUGCACUGAGCUGAUAGAGGGCGCUCUCAGGGAGAGACUGAGGAACGGAGCACAAGAGGAGAAAGAUGGUGAUAUUGAAGAGGAGAGAGCCAGCACACCCACAGACCUAAGAGAAAUAGACUUUUAAUACGGGGUUGAUUUAUGAGUGAUAUUUAUUCUGCGUCUCACUUUUAUUUAUCAGUAAAACUGAUUUAAACACAAUGUGACAUUUACGUUUUGUCUUAUGUAACUUCUGAAGUGAUCUAAUUUAUAAUCAUUUUUAUUUAUUUGUUUGAGGGAUUACGAUUUACUUGUGCCAUAUUUAUUAAUUUCUAUUGCCAUAACUGUAAUUGUGAUGACUUAUGUAUUUCAGGUUUGUCCUUUUCGCUUUAUGUAUUACAUUUAUACUUUUUAUAUUAUCAUAUUAUUUAUUGCGUGCACAUUUUUAUAUUUAAUUUAUUUUGUUUGUCAGUGUUUCAACCUUUUUGUAAUCAGAGUGUUGGAUAAAAAUGAAUAUCUAUUUUUCGAAGUAAUUAAAAUAAAGUUUCUAUG